CCUGCACCGCUACAAGCACCCCUCGGACGAGGAGCUCUGCGCCCUGGCAGGCAAGCAGCGCCCCAAGGGCAAGCGGGACAGGAGGAUGAACGGCGUGAUGGAUGACAAGCCCCUCUCUGUGCCCCGGGACAUCGACCUCCGCCUGGACACCAGCCCCAUCACCGCCGUGGAUGCUCUCGUGCUGCGCUACUUCCUGGACUACCAGUGGUUCGUGGAUUUUGCCGUCUACGCCACCGCCGUGUACAUCUUCACCGAGGGCUACUACUGCCUGGCGGACCCCCAGAGGGAGAUGAACAUCGGGGUGCUCUGGUGCCUGCUGACGGUCAUCUUCUCCGUCAAGGUCUUCUUCAUGGUGAUGCGCCAUUACUUCCGCUCGGAGGAGGGGGGCGAGCGCUCCGUCUGCCUCACCUUCGCCUUCUUCUUCCUCCUCCUCGCCAUGGUGGCCCUGGUCAUCCGUGAGGACUACCUGGAGUUUGGCCUCGAGCCUGGGUUGGCCAGCGUCAGCAGCAACCUGGAGAGCAUCCUGAAGCAGCGGGGCUGGGAGUGGACGCUGCCCCUCGCCAAGCUGGCCUUCAAGCUGGGGCUGGUGGCCCUGUGCUCCUUCCUGGGCGCCUGCCUGACCUUC